GUCAUGGAGCCCCAAGUACUGGUCCGGCUGCUCUCGGGGGUCCUGGCGCUGACCAAGACCUGGGCAGGCCCACACACGCUGAAAUAUUUCAGCACCAUCUUAUCCGGACCCGGACGCGGGAGGUACCGGUACCUGGUCGUGGGCUACGUGGAGGACACGGAGGUCGUGCGGUUCGACAGCAACGGCGCGAGUCCGAGGCUGGAGCCGCGGGUGCCGUGGCUGGAGCAGCGGUGGGCAGAGCAGGAGGACGCCCAUUUUUGGGAAGAGCAGACCCACGCCGUCAAGGACUACGGACAAAGUUUCCGAGCCAUCCUGAACGACCUGCGCGCCCACUACAACCAGAGCGAGGACGGGUCUAACACCUUCCAGGAUAUGAGCCGCUGCGUCGUGGGGUUGGACAGGCGCCUUCUCCGCUUGUACAGUCAGUUCGCCUACGACGGCAUCGAAUACAUGGCCCUGAACGUGGACCUGCGCUCCGAGACAGCGACGGACGCCGAUGUCCAGAUCACCGCCAAUCGCAAUCUGGUGCAGAAUCCCAAUGUGGAAGGCUGGAAGCUCUGCCUGGAGGGGCUUUGCGAGUCCUGGCUCCACCUGUUCCUGGCGAAGGGGAAGAAGACCCUGCUCCGAGCAGACCCUCCAAAGACACAAAUGACCCACCACCCCAUCUCUGACCAUGAGGUCACCCUGAAGUGCUGGGCCCUGGACUUCUACCCUGCGGACAUCUCCCUGACCUGGCAGUGUGAUGGGGAGGACCUGACCCAGGACAUGGAACUUGUGGACACCAGGCCUGCAGGGGAUGGAACCUUCCAGAAGUGGGCAGCUGUGGCUGUGCCCCCUGGAGAGGAGCAGAGAUACACAUGCCGUGUGCAGCACCAGGCACUGCCCAAGCCCCUGACCCUGAGAUGGGACUCCCCUCCUCAGACCACCAGCACCAUCGUGGUCAUCGCUGCUGCCCUGGGUCUCCUUGGAGCUGUGGUCACUGGAGCUGUGCUGUGGAGGAUGAAGCUCUCAGGUGGGCAAGGGAGCUACGCUCAAGCUGCCUGCAGUGACCGUACCCAGGGCUCUGAUGUGUCUCUCACAGCUCCUAAGGUGUGACAGAGCUGCUUUCUACGGGAUCUGCUAAAAUAGUCACUGCAGCCUCUCCUUGGGACUUUAAGGAUCCCUGAGUCCUGUUUCUGCAAUCAGCAUCUGAACACGUCUGCAUUAUAUUAAGUUAGCUAUAU